AUGGCUACUACUGGCAUCACCACCGUCAAGCUACAGUCGCUCCCUCUCGUGGCUAGCGGAAAGGUACGCGAGCUGUACAGCGUUGAUGACGCCUCGCUGCUCAUGGCCGUGACCGACCGUAUCUCGGCCUAUGACGAGAUCCUCUCCAAUGGUUUUGACAUCCUCCGCCAGCGAGUUACCGAGCUCAAGCACCAUGUAAUCAGCAUGAGUCCUCCGGCGGAAAUCGUCACUACCGUAGAGCGCGCCCUUCUUCGCGGCCGCUGCAUGCACAUCCGUUCCCUCAAGGUCUUUCCGAUUGAGGCGAUCCGUCCGUGGUUACAUCACGGGCUCAGCCUGGAGCGAAUACUCCAAGAGCGGAACUGUCCACGGAAUCCAAGUUCCGAACGGACUUCAGCUCUGCCAGGAAUCCCUAUCGGCGAAAAGGACGAGAACAUUUCGCCAGAACAGGCUCGGAAACUAGUCGGCGACAAGUAG